CUAAAAUCAUGGCGACAGUACUGCUGUAAGACUGUACUGUUACAGACAAGUGUUAUUAUAGCAAUUACAAACCGAAGGCAUCAAGGAUCGAAGCACAUUGUAAAUCAGGAGGCGUGGAUUCACGCAAAUUGUGCGAAAUUACUACGCCCAUGUCGAUGACGUAGUAGUUGCAACCCAUUCAUGAAAUUUACAAAGUUAGCUAGCUGCUAGCAUAAACUGGAUGGAACGAGAAACAAGAGUGGGGACACACUUUGGAAGGAACAUCCACGUUCACCUACUUCUUCCACUGCUAGUCGCGCCAUAUGGCCAAGCAUGUGGAGACAUACAAGUACUGGAACUGCCCCAUCUAUGGCCAGCAACUCCACCCCUCAGUUGAAUGUUCUUUGACAGAAGAGUGGAGCAGAUAUUCUGGAGAUGAUUACCAUGGAGGACACCCGGUCCAAACCUGCCACUCCGGAGCCUAAUCUCGUACCCAGUCCCGCACAAAGUCCUGCACCCAGUCCCGCACCAAGUCCUGCACCAAGUCCCGCUCCAAGUCCACUUCUUGACAGAAUCCCAUUGCCGUCAGGAAACCAUGUGGAGCAUCUUAAUGUGAACCAGAUCCAGGUAGUGGUACGACGUUGUUCCAGUCCAAAUGUCACAGAGGAAACCACCUAUUUUCUUCCUCGUACCCCUGUGGUGGAUGCUGGCACCAACACAGAACCACCACUUGUUUGCUGCCCCUUGCUUCACAGAUUUUGCCCUUGUCCUCCAAGAGGCCUUGUGGCCUCUGUCAUUACAAAAGUCCUCUUGGCUGCGGUGCUCUUCGGAGUGGUGUGGUCCGUCACAGAGGAUGAAUGUCUUCCAGGUGGUAACCUGUUUGGCAUUACGGUGCUUUUCAUCUGCGCGGUCAUUGGUGGCAAACUGGUGGCUCUGAUCCGCCUGCCUAGGCUUCCACCUUUACCUCCACUUCUUGGUAUGCUGCUUAUGGGUUUCAUGCUGAGAAAUAUCCCAGUAAUAACAGACGGUGUGUACAUUAACUUCAGGUGGUCCGCCUCUCUCAGGAACAUUGCGCUGGCGGUCAUCCUGGCCAGAGCCGGUCUGGGUUUGGAUCCCUCGGCUCUGAGGAAGCUCAAGUCUGUGUGUUUACGUGUGGCAGUGGGGCCGUGCAUUAUUGAGACCUGCACUAUAGCUCUGGUCUCCCACUUCCUCAUGGGUUUACCGUGGGUGUGGGGCUUCAUCCUUGGCUUUGUGCUUGGUGCUGUGUCGCCAGCAGUGGUGGUGCCCUCCAUGUUGCUUCUGCAGAAGGACGGUUACGGCGUGGAGCAGGGCAUCCCCACUCUGUUGAUGGCAGCGGGCAGCUUUGACGACAUUCUCGCCAUAACAGGAUUCACGACAUGCUUGGGUGUUGCUUUUGCUACAGGUUCCACAUGGUACAACAUCUUGAGAGGUGUGCUGGAGGUGGCCGGUGGCUUGCUUGCUGGGAUCCUUCUUGGUUUCCUCAUCCAGUACUUUCCCAGUCUCGACCAGAAACACUUGGUGAUGAAGCGAUCCUUCCUGGUGCUCGGCCUGUCUGUCUUUGCUGUGUUUGGCAGCGGUGUUGCUGGAUUUCCUGGUUCUGGUGGCCUCUGCACUCUAGUGUUGGCAUUUCUUGCUGGUCUCGGAUGGGGUACAGAAAAGGCACGCGUGGAGGAAGUGGUGGGCUGGGCAUGGGACGUUUUUCAACCACUUCUCUUUGGAUUAAUCGGAGCAGAGAUUAGAGUGUCGGAGUUGGAGGCACAAACAGUUGGUCUGGGUAUUGCUUCUCUGGUCAUUGCACUGCUGGUUCGUCUACUUUUCACCUACGUUUGCGUGUUGUUCGCCGGCUUUAACAUUCGAGAAAAGCUUUUCAUUGCCCUGGCUUGGAUGCCCAAAGCCACAGUGCAGGCAGCCAUUGGCUCGACAGCUUUGGACAUGGCCAGGACAAGGCAGGACAAGCAGAUGCAGAAGUACGGCAUGGACGUACUCACUGUGGCUGUGCUCUCCAUCCUUCUCACCGCGCCAGUCGGAGCUCUUAUCAUAGGCCUGUGUGGACCAUGCCUGCUGCAGAAACCAAAGAUUUCAGCCUGUGGUGAGCGAGUCAAACCGAAUUUAUCAGCUUUUUUCUUAGGCACUGCGGCAGGUGGCGAUGAGGACAAUGACACGCCGGUCACGUAUGAAAGUACUCUCUGACAUCUUCAGUCUCAAUGCAAGCAAUGGGAUGUUGAAUCAAAAAUGUUUUAAUUUGAGGGCAUUUUGUCUGCAACUGCUGAAACACUAUCAGAUUGUCCAUUAUUAGGGAACUCCUCAAUGUUAACAUCUAUUUCUGUAUUGAAUUGUUUAUGGAACAUUCGAGUCAAGUUUUAAUUUGAAACAAAAUAACCGGAAUGACAUGUUGGUUAUGUCAGCUCUCCUUUAGCCACCGAGUGGCUUGCUUUUGUCUUGCUGUCUCCGGACAGCUCCUGCUGUUCUCUCUCCAGCUGGAGCACACACGUGAAUGACAUUUAUUUAUCGGUACUGGUGAUUUCCAGAUCACAAACAAAUGAUCCACAUCUGAGCAUGUGAAUGGUCACGCAGCGUACGAGAGUCAAAAUGUUCAUAAUAAUUGAAUGAAAUAGUUUUAUGAAUGUUUUCCAUUUUUUAAUGAUUGUGGUUGUUCCUAUUUGUUAAAAUAAGGGAAUCUGGCUCACAGUAAUACUAAUGAUUACAAGUCGCCAAUGCAGUUACUAAAUUGUGAAUUAGUAUAUUUUUUAAAACAUGAGUUUAUGUUUUACACUUAAAUUUUAAGUAUCAUUUGUUACCAAAUUGUGUAAAAACUCAGGAAAGUGUAUAUACAAUAAUUCAAAUAUUUCCCUUUGCUUUGAAAUUGAGGCUGAAUCAUAAUCACAAAAUCAGCUUUUAUUAGUUAUUUUUAUCAUGUUUUGUUCCUUUCAUUUCUUAAAAAAAGUAUGCAGUGUAAUUUAAGGCAUUUAAAGAGGUUACAUUUAUUUAUAUUGUGUGAUACUUUGUGUCCAGUAUUAGAAUAUUUAUUAAUUAUAUAUGGAAUUCAGAAUUAGUUUUUUACGGAACAUAAUGAAAUAAAUAUGUUUUCCCAUGGUGAA